AUGAGGACGGUUUACCGCCUUCUACAUGAACGACGUGCUCACCCAGACAAUGAGGCUUUGCCUCUGAAUGACAUUCCGCUCAGAGACGUCCAAGCGAUCAUCAAGUUGAUUGAUGACGCAAACGUGAUGGGUUUUAUCAACUCCCAAGUUGAGUGUGCGGAGCAAGAUCUCCCAUUCGAUGAAUUGAGCGCAGCUCUACGCACGGGUAAAGUGUGGGAGAAGAGAAGAAGCAUCAGACAACGAUUAUCCCAUCUGAAAGCUUGGAGAGAUGCUCAUCGACUCAAUGGAGACAUCCCGCAAGGUGGAGCAGAGGAGCAGCCAGUGGGAGCAGAGGCUACCCCAGGAGAUGACGAUAGGAUUAUUGAAAUGGAGUGGGCCGAACUUUCCUCGUUCGGUAGAUUGUAUGCCAACCUCAUCGAGUUCAUCAUGGACAUCUGGGAGUGGACACCGUUUGGAUUUUAG